UAUCAUUUUUGUGUGGCAGUUCCGAAAAGAAAAAGAAAUUAAUUGGAGCGUUAUAAGGCAUCAAUCAAGUAAAGGUCGGUUAUUAAUCCCGCAGAAGGAAGUUUUCUUAUUCUUCCUACUAAUUUGAACGAAUUAGCUGCGAUGAUUGAAAAACGGACAUGGAUUACGACAUUCUAAGACGAUAAAAAAUUAUGGCCUAGUCACGGAUCAGCGACAAUAAAAAGCUGGAAAAAAGGAUCUUGGCUGUUUCUUUUUCACAGCGCAUUAAAUCAUUCAUGACAAAUAUCUCAGAAAAUCGAUUGGACUAAUUUAAGUAAUGCUUCAUGUCAAUUAUUUUUGGUUUACAUUUUGUAUCACACGAGUAAUUUACACAAAUAACGAUGAGAACUAAUUGUGAUUCUGGGACUACUUAAAUCAUACGCGAACGAUUUGCUACUUUGGGAUGUUGAUACUUCAUUGAAUUUCACGAUUCUCAAUGACAAACACGGCAACAGCGGCGUCGUCUCUUCCGACCCUGCCUGGGACAAGAUCCACCAGUGGGCUCAAAUAUUACCCCGAAGGUGGCUGGGGCUGGAUAGUUGUAAUAUCUGUAUUUAUAACUCAAGUUAUUACAACCGGAUUACAUCUUAGCUUUGGUGUCACAUUUUACGUUUUCCAAGUCGUAAAUUACGCCGACCGGAAUCUUACAGAGUCCCUCUCACCAACUCUCUCGCCCUUUUUAGCUUGGUCAGGCUCCUUAUCUUUCGGAAUAUCCCACCUUCUAUCUCCCCUUAUUCUAUGCUUCACCUUCAAAUUCGGACCCAGAAAAAUGGCCCUCGUUUCGGCUGUUUCCACCAUCGUCUCUCUCAUACUCUGUAGUUUUACGACGUCGCCGCUGCUUUUUGUUCUAUGCUACGGGUUGCUGUUCGGCGUGGCGUCUUCAAUUUGUCUCGUUACUUCGUUUAUUAUUCUGUGUCAGUACUUUUCCAAGAAGAGAAUCCGAGUGUUCGCGAUUGCACACAGUGGCGGUGGCUUCGGAGCUGCCCUUUUGUCCCCUUUGAUCUUCGAAUGCGCCAGGUACUCCGGCUGGUUCCUGGCACUCCUAACUCCCAGUCUUCUCUCCCUCCUCCUCAUUCCCCUGGCAUGCGCCUUCAGACCAGUCGAGAUGUACUACCCAGGAAGACUGAAGCCCACCACACCCAAAACACCCUCCAAACUGCUGGACACACUGCCACCUGUGAACCCAUUGGCUAUCAGGUCUUUCCAGUUGUGGCUCCUCGUUAUGUUCUUCACAUCUUUGGGAUUCUAUGUUCCAGUGAGCUUACUGAUUGACGUGUGCGUGAGUGGGAGCAGUCUGUCCUCGAGUAACUCUGUGAUCAUGCUCGUCAUCAUGGGUUUGCUCUACGCAUUAGGGUGUGCACUGACAGCCUCAUUCCACGAAUUCAACUCAGACAGACAGCUGCUCCAGCUUCGAACAAUAAUCCAUAUAUGUCUCUUCAUGGCCACUGUAGCAAUGGCUCUUCUAAUUAUGGACCAGUCUCUCCCUUCGCUCCUGAUUUUCGUGGCAUUGUAUGGCCUUUCGUAUGGAUCUGUUCGCACGUUCAGCGUGGCCUUCCUGCACGAGCUUAUGGGCAUUAAGUUGUUCAGCCAUUCAUGGGCACUUCAGAACUGCGUAUCGGGUGUCGGCUUUGUACUCGGUCUGCCAAUUGCGCUGUAUAUUCGCGGCCUAGUUUCGGGUUCAUAUCAAGCUACGAGUCUCCUGUUUGCUGCAAUCUCACACCUUCUCGGAUUUAUACUCAUGUUCGGAAUGAAACGACUCAUGCAAGAUCCCUCACGAGCAUUCAUCGCCACACUCGACUACCCGCCGACAACAUUUAUCCACUCGGCGUCAAACGGCGACACCUCGAAAGCCGAGUACGAGUCGGAAAUCAAAGCGCCAAAAUUUGAAGUAGUCUCGUCGAUGAUGUCGAGUGCCGAAGAUGAGACGAUUGGCGUUAAAUCCUCGUUAGCCAAUCAGCUUUCACUUAAGGACUCCCACGACAGCUUGUAUCAGACAAUAUCACCCACUCAAUUAAAUGAAGAUUCUCGAAGACAGGAGUCCCUCGGAGUCCCAGAUGUCAAUGACCACGGAUCUAACGGACGAACCUCUAGCUUUGGAUCAUCAGCUCUCGUGUCACCAACAGACAACUCCUCGAUGGAAAAUUCCACCAUGUUACGUAACAGAGUAAAUGAACAACACGACGUAAUAGGAAAUGUGAGUAAUAAUAUAGCAGAAAAGCACAUCGAGAGGAUAAAUCAGCACAGUGGGAGUUUUGAACUGGACGAAAAUGGAUCACGCUGCGAUGUUCCAGGCGUGCUAACUGACGACCCGCAUGAUUACACAGACUUACCCGAAAAAAGAAUCCAGAGUUACAUGCAUCCGAAAAAACUGAUCCAAUCGCCCGUUUCGUCUUCAGACAGCAGUAGGAAAACUCAGAGUCCGUUUAGUGUUAAUCAACGAUCACAAAUGGGUAGUCCCAAUAACUUCGGCUCAAUGGUACGCAACGUUCAUAACAACAAUAACCUUUGUUAUAAUAGCAACAACAACAACCCGGACCAAUCAUUAUCGUCACCAGGGUCUACUGGGUCUGCCCAACGGAAGAAGCGCCUUCCUCCCGACCCAAAUCUCUUUCCCGAGUACUACGAGAACUCGGCUUCAUCCGAAUUUAACUCGACUCCGACAAAUAGUCAGACGAUGUCAAAAAUAGCCCAUAUUGAACGGAGGAUGAAUCAGUACACAUAUGCAAACAUGACGACACCUCGGCGAUACGAGACGAACAGGUUGGCUGCCGAACUAACAACGACACGAGCUGUAAAACAUCGAAUCGGAAACGCUCAAAAACGAGAAGUGUACGAAGAUUCCCAGAGGUUCACAGAAGACGGAUCCCCCUUAAGAGCAUAUGAGCCCCCCUGGAAAAAUCAAUUAUCUAUGGAUAUGUCACAAUUGACCAGCGAAGAAUCUUCUGAUCAAUUUCCAUCUCCAACAGAAUCGGUCGUCAACCAAGAAUCGAGAUUACGAAACAGUGACGUCUAUUUGGCAUUCAGCGAUAACGACCGGGAGAGUAUUUUAUAAUCUACACUUAAAUUGGUAAAUUGUCAGUUUUUUUGUUUUGGGUUCGACUAUGAAAAUAUUCAAUUUUGUAAUUGUAUCACAAAAAAAUGGCAAAGAUGAACUCUUAGUUAUAAAUCUUGCUGUAAAAUUUUGGAUUUUGAUAUCAAUUUAAUGAAUUGACUGCUUAUUUAGAAAA